UUCUCCCACCAGUCUCCCACUAUCAUGCAAACGAACGUAUAUACAAAAAAAAAUCAACUAUGGUCGAUACUGUUGAUAGCUUAACAUCGAUGAUUAUAAUAAUGAAAAUUGAAUAAAUCUUUUUUCUAAUCAUUUAACAAUAAAAUGAAGUCAUUUGCUAUUUCACGGUGUUACACUCGAAAGAAAACCUUGAAGCAAAAUUAUUCACUUCUUAAAAGAUUCUUUUGCAGUAAAGCGAAAGAAAAACCGAAAUCCAAAGUAGAAUGGAAUACUGUUGUUGGACUGGAAAUUCAUGCCCAAAUUUUGUCGAAAUCCAAAUUAUUUUCUAAAGCUAGCACAGCAUUUGGAAAUUCAGUUAAUACAUGUGUUUCUUUCUUUGACUGUGCUACACCGGGAACAUUGCCUAUGUUGAACAGGAAAUGCGUGGAAACUGGUGUUUUGUCAGCCCUUGCAUUGUCAUGUAAAGUCAAUGAAAUUUCGCUAUUUGAUAGAAAACAUUACUUUUAUGCUGAUUUACCUGCUGGUUAUCAAAUAACGCAACAACGUCAACCAUUGGCUGUUAAUGGAUGUUUGAACUUUCAUGUAUUUGUCCCUGGAGUUCACAAGGAACCUUACUCUAAGUCAUCAAGACUGAAACAAAUACAAUUGGAACAAGACAGUGGAAAAAGCUUGCACGAUGAAGAAGGCAAGAGGAGUUUGAUAGACUUAAACAGAGCUGGUAUACCUCUAAUGGAAUUCGUUUUUGAACCUGAUUUAAAGGAUGGUGAAGAAGCUGCUGCACUUGUCAAAGAACUUAUGCUUAUUUUAGAAAGAUUGAAUGCAUGUUCUUGUAUAAUGGCUGAGGGAGCCAUGAGAGUUGAUGCUAAUGUAUCAAUAAACAAACCAGGUGAACCAUUAGGAGUAAGAACUGAAAUAAAAAAUAUAAAUAGCGUGAGAGCUGUAGCUUCAGCAAUUAAGUAUGAAAUUAAAAGGCAAAUAAUACUUCGCGAGAAAGGAGAGAUCAUUGUUAAUGAAACACGUUCUUGGGAUACUGUUAAUAAAAAAACUGUCGCUAUGAGAGACAAGGAAGAAAAACAAGACUACCGUUUUAUGCCUGAACCAAAUUUACCACCACUAUGCAUUCACGUUAAUGAAAAUUUAGAAAAUAAGUAUAAUUUAGUAGAUGCUACUCUAUUGAGGAAACAGAUUCCAGAAUUGCCACAAGAAACGCGAAAUAAAUUAUUAGAAAACUACGCAUUAAAUAAAGCAGUGUCAAUUAUUUUGGUUAAUGAACCAAAAUUAUUGAAACUUUUCUUGUACAUAUCAGAAAAAGAUGCAAAAAGAACGCCACAAUUUGUUGCUAACAUUAUAGUUUAUGCAUUAUUAAAAUUUAUCAACGACAAUGAUUUAGACAUAGAUUAUUGUAUGUCAAUUCGUGAUCAUGUUUGCGAGCUAAUUGAUUUUCUUCAUGCAAGCUCCAUCAAUAUAAAAAUAUUCCAUAAAGUUUUAAGCGAAGUCUUGAAAGAUCCAAGAAAGUAUCCAAAACAGAUUAUACAACAAAACAAAUGGUAUCAAAUAAAUGACGAAGAACAGUUACGAAAAAUAAUUGAAAACAUACUCGACAACAAUCCAGAUUUGGUAAAGAAAUAUGAAAAGGGAAAAAUUAAAUUGUUUCCUGUAUUCACGCGUAAAGUUGUAGAAGCAACCAAAGAUACAGCAAAUGUAUUGAAAGUUGAAAAGUUGUUGAAAGAAAUGUUACAAAUUAAGAGUGUAUGAAUUAUUUAUAAUCUUUGGUAAAUAAAAGCUUAAGAGUAAUUCAUAGUAUCUCAUAAUCGUUAUUGUUGAAGAAAAAGUUACAGCAGUCGACAUAAUAAAAAUAUUGAAGAGAAAAUAAAACACUUAAUA